GAAGGUUGGGAGUUCGAUGCCCUGCUGAGUCAUACCAAAGAUGGGACCCAAUGCGGCUCUGCUUGGCACACAGCAUUGAGGAGAUUGGGUUUAAGGCUCUGUGAUACAUUAGCGUCAAGGGGGUCCAUCAAGCUGCCUCAUGCUACAGAAACAGGAGAUAGGCUCCUGUUCCUGUGAGCCGUUCCAGCUUGCACACUCCAAGGCUCGUGCCUUGGUUAAUGACUAAUUACUUACUAAUUGUGUUCUGAAUCCUGUUAAAUAGUCCAAUAGCACCAAGGACGGUCUUAGUGCACCAAUCCAACAACAAACUCCAGGCACCAAGUAGGGCGCAAACACAGUCUUGUGUUACUGUCUAGGAACUGUGGGUGAUGAGGUGAUUUGCAUUGAUUAUCAGUCCCAUUGUAGAUGGUCUUCUCCAGAAACAAACAGUAAUUCUGUAUGUUAGGCUAAGUAAAGACGGUCACUCACUCCUCGCCAAUGGAACUCAGUGCAUGACCAGAGAGACUCAGCACAAGAGAAACUGAAUGACGUCUCCUGUCUCUGUCAGAUGGUACCUAUGAAAACGAUGACAGGGACAGGCCUCUAUUCGCUUGCUUGCCUUCUCAUGAUCAGCAGUGUCCGUUCUACCUGUGUUCCUUUGGAGUGUCUGAGGUGUGCCAUAAUCCCCUCACCUGAAGUGUCUGGGAAUCACAAAGCAGAUGAGGCCACCUGUGAACACCUGUGCUCUAACACUACCCAAUGUCUCAAUACCACUGAUGUAGAGAAUUGCAUAAAAGAUUUUGAAGUGUUUCUGAACACCAGUAAUGGAUUUGAAGUGGAGGAGGGUGAUGACCUCACAAUGGAGUGUGCCCACGACCUACCGGUGAGAGAUCAUGACCUGCUGGUGUUUGUCUGGCUGAAGGAUGGGCUUCCCCUGGAGGGUGAGAACAAUAGCACGGUGACCUUGGAGAGGAUAGGCAUAGAUACCCCUGCCGAGGGGAUAUACACCUGCACCAUCCAGAGUCCCUGUGGCAACUUCACCUCAGAUCCAGAAGAACUUGAAUUUAAAGACCUGACAGUGGUGAUCAUUGUGAUCUGUGGUGUGUCUGCUGUGGUGCUGGUCCUGUCCCUGGGCAUGGGCAACAAGAUCAUGCUGAAGAAGGACUUUGCGAAGACCAAGACCAGGAUGCAGCAUAAUACUCAGAACCUACGGAACACCACCACCACAACAGAGUAGGGUUUACUUUUUCCCAAAAACCUAGCCAUUUUCUUCCUGAGAAAAUUGCAAGCCUUUCCCGGGCAUCCAUGUAUUCCCGUUAAAACGGGAAGGGCUUUUUAAAAGCAUAUAAAAACCUGAUUCACUGUAAAUGGAGAAAGAUACACACGUGUCUAACGGUUUCUUGCUCUAUUUGUUGCAAUUUAAAGGUCCAAUGCAGACGUUUUUAUCUCAAUAUCAAAUCAUUUCUGAGUAACAAUUAAGUACCUUACUGUGACUACUUUAAAUUAAAAUGGUAAAAUAGAUACAAAAUUAGGUUUUUAUGUUCUUGUAAAUGUAUUUAAUUCCAGACUAGAUUAUUUUCACCCUCCACAACUCUUUCUAAUAUGUGUGUUUGUUCCAUCACUUGUGAGAAAUUGCAUUUAAUUUAAUAAACAAGUAA